AGGCCACUGGGGGACGACAGCAAGCGGCCGUUGUUCCAUCUCGGUCCGCUCCCUGUCCUCGCUAUAUCACUACUCGGCAGAUUUACGCCGGCAUGCACGAACUCCGUUCGGCAGAGAACCGCCUGGCGCGCCGGAACAUAUUAUCGGCCAAAGCAAACGCAGCAUCAAGGCUCCCAGACAAGUCUAAAGGUGUGAAAAAGCCAGGUGUCCACAAUGGGAUUGAUCUUUCACCACAGAACACAAGUGAGACCACGAAGAAUGCACAUGCCGGACGUGAUGCUGACCACCCAAUGUUGUCCCAGAGAAACUCACCCGGUCAUUCCAGCUCACCCGGAGACCAACCCGCUCCACAAACCUCGUGUGGCACAUAUCCGUGCCUUCCAGCGCACCCACCGCCUUCGUCUUAUGGGUGCGCCACGUAUUCUUCGUCGCCACGUAUUCUUCGUCGAUUUUAAUAUUAUAACUUUUUUAUAUUAUUUUGACUACACAACAUGCCUAAAUCUCCUGAAUUUAAUGAAUCCCGCUUGCUUGAAGCUAUCGCCACGGCUAAAGCACAAAAAAAACCAAAUUACGCGAAGAUUGCGCGUGAAUUUAAUGUCUCUUGUAGUACAUUAAAAACGCGCCUUCAAAAAGCGAAAGCACCAACUACACCAACCACGUCAAGUAAAAACCUUCUACAACCAUGGCAAGAGGAGGCCUUGAUCCAAUGGAUUGUACAGAUGCGGAAAUGGAACCUCCCACCUACGGCUUCAGUCAUCGCGGCUUGGGCAAACCAGGCGCUUGCUCGCGCGGGCCAUCCAGACAAGAAGGUUAGCAAGAUGUGGCCAUACCGAUUCGAAUCGCGCGUACCAGCACAUCUAGGGCUUGCUCCAGUGAAGCAAAGGACUAAGGAAUUAAGGAGGAUACAGGCUGAAGAUGCUGGCUUGCUUGAAUACUGGUACAACCAGCUGAAAUUGCUUCUUAAUGGGGUCCCUGCUCGUCUUGUAUACAACUUCGACGAAUGCGGCUUCCAACCAGGUCAAGGCCGUGCGCGAAAGGUCUUUGGAUCAAAGUCUUCCUGCCCUGACCUCGCAGAGAGCGAAAAAGGCGAAAAUAUUACAGCAGUUGAAUGUAUUAGCGCGGAUGGUUGGAUAAUGGCCCCAUUCUUUAUAUUUAAAGCUGCUGGCAGCUAUAUGGAGGCCUGGUACAACGGCAGUGAGGCGCUACCACUGGAUACAAUGACCGCGAUAUCCCCAAAUGGUUGGAUAUCUGAUGAGCUAGCGCUGGCCUGGCUAGUUCAAUUUGACCGCGCUACAAAGGAUCCCAAUCGUACGAAGCAAGGCGAGAAGCGGUAUCUAAUAUUUGACGGCCACGGCGCGCACCUUACGCUUGAAUUUCUACAAUAUUGCAAGGAUAGUGAUAUUAUUCCCUUUGGUUUCUUGCCUCAUAUAACACAUCUAUGUCAACCUCUUGAUGGCAAGCCCUUUCUUGCUUAUAAGCAGCAAUUCCGGCUCGCGAAUAAUGAAUUAUCCUUCUGGGGUGGUCAGCCAUAUGGGAAGGCAGAGUUCUUACAGAUCAUUCAACCAAUCCGCGAGAAGGCCUUUACACAGCGAAUUAUUCGAGAAUCCUUUAAAGAUCGUGGGAUCUGGCCGGUUAAUGGAGAACAAAUCGUCAAGCAGCUUGCCAACGAAGCAGAACUCCCAGAUAUAGCUCUCCCGGAAGGCCUCCGCGAGACUACACCACCACAAUUACUAUCUUCCAGCGUUGAAAACAGUCCUCCAGCAACAAUUGAAGCACUUACAAGGAACCAGGCGAAGAUUAUGCGCGAUCUAGACCUCCUCUCAGAGAAGACGAAGCGGAAUUUAACAAAGGUCUUUCACCACUAG